AUGGCUGACAGUGCUCGGAUUGCAGCAUACUGUAGCGGUGCAUUCUCUGCCUUUGUCGUCGUCUUCUGUGCAGUUGGAUUCAUGGUAAUCACCAAUGACAUCUGGUUAAUGUAUGACGAUGUCAUGGAGCAUAUGAGGGAAUUUAAGGAAAUUUCCGAUGGUACUUGGCAUGAUAUCGCCAGUUUUCAUACUAUUCCUGGCCAUAAAUAUGGCCAGUUAUUCCAUUUAGAUUGUGGUCUACCUCGCAGCGAUUGUCCACCAGGUCCGCCAGGACCACCAGGAAUGCCGGGUAGACCUGGUGACAUUGGCCCCGACGGCAAACCUGGUGCAAUCGGUCUUUCUGGGAUCAGACCGCCAGGGCCGCCAGCUCCGAGACCGUCGCGCAAAAUAAUUGCAGUUCUUAUCGUCUGUCCUCCGGGUGAGAAAGGAGAACAGGGAGUGGAGGGUCCACCUGGACCACCAGGACGUCCUGGACAAGCGGGUAAACUUGGCCCAUGUGGAUCUGAAGGUGAACCAGGUGAACGCGGUCCAGAAGGCGAUCAGGGUGAGCAGGGAAUGGAAGGGCAAAGAGGCAUGGAGGGCUCACCAGGAAAAGACUGCUUCACCGGCAGAGGGCCCACUGGUCCUAGGGGUAGACCUGGCCUUCGUGGAAAACCUGGUUUGGCAGGAGCACCUGGAUUAAAUGGGGAUCCUGGCGAUGCGGGGCCGGAGGGACAUUUGGGACGAGAAGGCAUCGAUGGCGCAGGAGGUUUUCCGGGCGAAGAUGGACAGCCUGGACCUGCAGGAAAAUCUGGUGAUGAUGGCGGUUAUUGUGAAUGUCCUGCGAGAGGUUCUGUAACGUUUGCCUCACAAGAAGAGAAAGAAGAAUUAAGAAGACACUAA